UUUAAAAUUCAUACGAAAAAAGUGUUGGCAUUAUAAAUUUAGGAUUAACAAAUACGCAGGUUCAGUCAUGAUUAACCUGAAUGUCCUAUUGUGGGUAACCCUGGGCACAUUAGGAUCUUGCGCUGAAGUGACAGUGGUUAUAAAUGGGACGGUGGUGGACUGUAGAGGUUCACCAUGUGCUUGUUGUAACGGAGGAGUGAAACGAUGUAACUGGGAAGAGUAUUGUGAUGCUGGCUGCGUUGAUACAAUAUGGGGGUAUAGAUGUAAAAACAUCUGUUAUGGAAACUGUUAUACAUGCCAACAGGAGUUUGGAAUACCAUGUAACGAAUGUAAGAAUACAUUUUAUGAUGCAAGCAGUAACUGUAAUGAGAGCUGUUCAGUCGGUUGUAAUAAUGGAAGCUGUUUUGAUGAUGGAACUUGUAGUCAAUGCACUGAAAAUUUUGAAGGCGUUAAAUGCGAGACAUGUAAUCAAGGAAAAUAUGGUUCUAAUUGUUCAAACGAUUGCCUCCAUCAAAACUGCCGAUGUACAAAUGGAACUAAUUGUGAUUCUUGUAAAGCUGGAUUCUACGGAAGGACUACCUACUGUCAAUCACCUUGUUCCGCGGGAUGUCAGAACGGCGAAUGCAAUGACGAUGCAAGUUGUACAUGUCGACAAGGCUUUGUUGGUUCCCUUUGCAUGGAAUGUAUCACUGGACAUUAUGGAGAAGAAUGCGACACGAGAUGCUCUGGUGGAUGCAGUGACAGUAUGUGUCUGCGAAAUGGAACAUGUAAUCAAUGCAGGCCUGGUUAUUAUGGAGAACAAUGCAACAAUAUAUGUGCUUCUGGAUGCAGCGAUGGGAUUUGUAAAAGAAAUGGGGCAUGUACCUGUAGGCUGAAAUACACAGGUUCACAUUGUGACUCGUGCGAAAAAGGAAGAUACGGUGUUAAUUGUAAACACGAAUGCUCUGUAGGUUGCAUCACAUCGUCCUGUGGAAAAGAUAAUGGGUUCUGCAAUUGUCUUCCUAAUUUUAAUGGCAAACAAUGCUUGUUAUGUACAGACGGAUUCUAUGGGACAUCUUGCCAACUCCAUUGCUUUGAUAAAUGCAUCAACAAGGCAUGUUCAAUGUCAGAUGGCAAAUGUACUUUCGGAUGUAUGGAUGGGUUCACUAGCGAUAACUGUACAGCGCAUUGUCAUGCGGACUGCAGGGCAUGUGCACAGCACGAUCCGUUAAUAUGUACUUCGUGUUUCAAUGAGUUUAGUGGGACAAACUGCAAAUGUCCUCCGAACUGCAAUUGUGCAUCGGGAAGUGACAUUUGUUUGUCGUGUAACAACACCUACAUGUAUCAUGAUAAGCAAUGCAAAUGUCACGCACAGAAAUGUUGCAUUGACCAGGGAUGUAAUGAAUGCAUCAAUGCGAAAUAUUUUUCUUAUAAGAAUAGUUGCUGCGAAUGUCCAAAUUCUUGUAAAGACGGACUUUGUUCGUCAGGACACAGUUGUCAAAAUGGCUGUGAAGAUUUAUUCUACGGAUCGUUUUGUUCCUUGAAAUACUUGUGA